AUGUUGUCCAACCAAUGCGACGAUUCCUCGCAGAAGGCAAAGAUCUCAUCCAUGGAAAGCUCUCCUGCUCCUCUGACCUUUACAGCGCCCUGGAGCAAAGAUUACGAUCCCGCAAGUGAUGGGACGGAUUUUUUUCCACCCGGUUCUAAUUCGGCGAUAAAGCAUACAAACUCAGGCUCUAUCGACUACAGUACGGAUGGAGAGAUUGGCUUUUCUGUUCAGGAUUUUGCAGAAGGCGUCAUCAAGGAUCAUGUAAACACAGCAUCACGGCCAGAAUUCUCGGAUCAGUUCCCUAACGAGCAGGAUACACCUACUGUGAAGAAGCAAGAGCAUGGAUGGCAGUUGCUCCAUGAUGACCUGCUUAGACUUACUACCCAAAGUUGGCCGGGACUUUGGCCUGUCGAGCAAGAGGCUCAAACAGUCUUGCUUGAUGCUGUAGCUCGUGAAGGUCAAGCACGAGUUCAGUAUUACAUGGCUAGGGGAAGAUCGAUCCACUUCGAUGGCAACUCCCGACAGCCUCCCUACCGGUCCAACAUACACAAAGCAUGUCAGUGUACUAAGAAGAGAAUCGACAGGAUACUCGAUGGACAGUCGAGUGGUUGUAAAUGCGACAUCGGACACUCUCCCCUGUUGUUCCGCGCGAGGGGAACGUCACAUCGCGCUAUUGACAUCCUCCAAGUCGUCGCCCUGUUGGAGGCAUAUUGGAAGAUACAAGCGGAAACGAGUCAAAAUGAAAUGGGAGACCGAGUCAAAACUGCUUAG